GCAAUGAGGUCCAGCCGCCUCUGUCACCGUAAUAAAGGAUGCGCGCUAGCGUUAUGUAUUAAGAGUAGGGCUAUAUAUCCCGUCGUGUCUGUCUUCGGAUAGCGAGGAGGUUUACGCGUUCCUGAUCGCCAACCUUUUUUUCCUUCUUUUUCUAAAGGUCUCUCCCGAGUUUCUAGCAUAGAGCGCAGGGCUGCCUUGGGUGGCUUUUCACUAUGCGGGCUACUCAGGCUUUUCCCGUUUUUUCCUCUCUCCUAUUCCUCACUUCGGCCAACCCUUCUCCUCCAGCUCAGGUGGUGAUAGUCCCGGCUGCCGAUCAACUCAACGAUCCGUGGGAGUAUAGGGGUUGUUACGCCGAUGUCAGCCAUGCGAUCAGCAUAAAUACGACCGUUCUCGGCCUCGGUACGCCACGGGAAUGCACCAUUUUCUGUGAUGGGAAGGGGCUUGUCCACGCGGCAGUAGGAUCCCUCAACGAGUGCUACUGCGUCAAAGAACUUCUCGCCGGCGCUACGGAAGUCGGGCACUCGACGGGAUGCUCAGGUCCAGACCGGGUAUUAUUGUUCUCUAACUUGUACCGUAGUCGGCCUCGGCCAACUGGCGGCAUCGGAAAAUGGACACAUAUUGGCUGCUACACCGAUAGGGGCGAUGGCCAGGCCUUGAAGAUCAGCGCGCCGGUUCCCAGCUCGCGGAUGAACACGAAAGCCUGCACGGCCGCAUGCCGGGCAGCCGGAUAUAUCCUGGCCGGUACCAAGAAUGGGGGCGAAUGCUACUGCGACAACGCUCUUGCGAACAGCGCCAAACGAACCGAUGGCAAUGGUAGUUGCAAUGUGCCUUGUAAAGCCGACAGCUCAGAGACAUGCGGCGGCCGCAGCCAGCUGAAUGUGUAUAGCUUCAAUAUGGGGUAUCCCACCUCUGCGAGUGUUAGCCCUGCCGGUGUAAUGUCUACUAUCGCGAGCCUCACGACUAUUGUCACCCCCUCCGUCGUUCAAGGCUCGGGGCAUUCAAAGACGACUCCUCCCCUCGGCUCACGUAUCACCGGUAGAGACGUCGACCCUGCUGCGCCCGUUCAGCCCUUGGUCGUAGGCAACUACAACUGGUAUGGCUGCCAAACAGAGGCGACCGGCAUCCGUGCUCUCAGCUUGUUCACCUACGCCGACGAUACGAUGACACUAGACAGCUGCCAGGCCUUCUGUAGUGAAAAAGGGACAGCAUACUUCGGCGUCGAGUAUGCUCGCGAGUGCUAUUGCGGCAACAAGUUCGAACGCGGUUCCACCAAGGCCCCCGACAGCGAUUGUAACAUGCUCUGCGCUGGCAAUCCGGCAGAGUAUUGCGGGAGCGGCAACCGCCUGUCCGUUUAUAUCAAGAACGGAACUGUCGUCACGAGCACUUCCAGCAGCCCCGGCACCGAACCAACGGGCACCAACCCGGGCGAACCUGCGGCUACCGAAUUCCCCGAGGGCUGGACUGAUAAAGGCUGUUGGCAGGAUGGACCUAACGGCCGGAUCAUGCAAGGGUAUCAACCUCCGAAUGAUCCGGAGCUGACACGCCAGAAGUGCGCUCACGUUUGUGCCGAUAAUGGAUACAUCAUCUCGGGCGCCGAGUACUAUACGGAGUGCUUCUGCAGCAAUGCGAUUUACAAUGGCGGAAAGCGGUCCGAAGACGAGUCUGGAUGCUCGACCCCCUGCGGAGGCGAUAGUGCGACCAUGUGCGGCGGCCCCGGAUACUUGUCGAUUUAUUCGAAGGGCACACCAACGGCCUUCCAGCCGGCUACUCCAAAAGAAGAAGUCGGCGGUACCUGGACGUAUCAGGGAUGCUAUGAAGACAACGUCAACGAGAAGCGGACUUUGUUCUGGGCACUUUCCUUCCCCGGUACCAUGACCCCUGAGAUAUGCUUAGACAAGUGCGCGUCUUUCGGCUACGCCGCCGGCGGUCUGGAAUACGGUAACGAAUGCUACUGUGGAGACCCGCUGGAUGUCGAUGCCUCUGGCGCUACCCAGAGGCCAGAGAGCGAAUGCAACGUCGUAUGUGCUGGCGAUCCCGGUUCGAUAUGCGGCGGCGGUGCCAGACUGUCGGUGUAUUAUUGGACUGGGGAACAGCCUCUCUACGUGUUCCACUAUCCUCAAGGCAAUGCUGCUGGCACGUACUCCAACUUGGUAGGCGGCGUCGUCACCCCCUUGAUGACCAUGCAGUCGAUUACCGGCAAGGUCACCUUCUUGGAGAAGUGGGGGACAGGCCUAGCAAAUAGCACGGGCGCGUACGAACUUGACCUUAGCCGACUAGAUGACUUCGAUGCCGCCUGGAGGACCAUGAAUGUAAAGACAGACAUCUUCUGCUCCGCGGGCGUCAUCCUCCCGGACAAGGCGGGUCGACAACUCACCGUAGGUGGGUGGUCUCUCGACUCGACGUACGGUGUUCGCCUAUAUGCGCCCGACGGAUCGGACGGCGUCAAAGGGACCAACGACUGGGAGGAGAACGUCAAUGUGCUCAAGCUUCAGAAGGGCAGAUGGUACCCGACGGCCAUGGUCAUGACGAACGGGUCGAUCCUGGUCGUGGGUGGUGAGAUCGGGUCGAACGAUAGACCCGAACCCACCCUCGAGAUCCUCCCUUACGCGGGCCCCGCCCUCUAUAUGGACUGGCUCGAGCGUACGGACCCGAACAACCUAUACCCGUUCAUGGCGGUCCUGCCCGGAGGAGGGAUUUUCAUCGCGUACUGGAAUGAGGCCAGGAUCCUAGACGAGGUCACGUUCGACACAACGAAGAUUCUACCCAACAUGCCCGGUGCCGUCAACGAUGACCUCGGUGGCCGGACCUAUCCCCUCGAGGGAGCCUCCGUCCUCUUGCCCCAGAUAGCCCCUUAUACCGACCCUCUCGGCGUACUCCUCUGCGGCGGCUCCACGAUCGGCCACUCCGCCCUCGACAACUGCGUUUCGAUAUACCCCGACGCCGAAAACCCGACGUGGACGCUGGAGCGCUUGCCUUCGAAGCGCGUGAUGAGCUGCAUGUCGCCUCUGCCGGACGGCACCUACCUCAUCGCGAACGGCGCCCACCAGGGCAUUGCCGGGUUCGGCCUCGCCGACGAUCCCAACUACAACGCGGUCCUCUACGACCCGUUCAAGCCGGUGGGCUCGCGCAUGUCCGUCAUGGCCAACACCACCGUCGCGCGCCUGUACCAUAGCGAGGCGAUCACGCUGCUCGACGGCCGUGUCCUCAUCACCGGCUCGGACCCGCAGGACGGCAAGCACCCGCAGGAGAUCCGGGUCGAGGUCUUCACGCCGCCGUACCUGUACAGCGACAAGCCGCGGCCCUCGUUCACGAUCGCGGACAAGGACUGGGCGUACGGCGACAGCGUGACCUUCCAGCUCGGCGGCGCGCCGCCGGCGGGGGCCAAGAUCGAGGUGUCGCUGCUCGGCUCCGUGUCGAGCACGCACGGGAACUCGAUGGGCGCGCGCACGCUGUUCCCCGAGGUGUCGUGCGCCGGCACCGCGUGCGUCGUCGUCGCGCCCCCGAGCGUCUACAUCUGCCCGCCCGGCUGGUACCAGAUGUUCGUGGUGCAGGACGGCAUCCCCGCCGUCGGCACCUACGUCCGCAUCGGCGGCGACCCCGCCAACCUCGGCAACUGGCCGCAGGGCGCCGGCUUCUCGCCGCCUGGCGUCUAGGACCGAGGCCGACAAGGACAGAGGGCGAGAGCCGCCCGUCACCCAGGUGCUUCUCCGGUCGACCACUCGCCACAUUCAGCUGCUGCUCCGAUC